ACCAUUACAAUGGAUCUUUAUUAUUCGCCUUACUCCGCGUCGACUGGUGCCCUCCUUUUAGUUGGCAAGGUCCUUGGUCUGGAAUUUAAAAAAAUUGAGGUCAACGUUCACGCGAACGAGCAUUUAAAGCCCGAGUUUGUGAAGAUCAAUCCUCAGCACACCAUUCCUACUAUCGUCGACAACGGAUACGUUCUGUGGGAAUCUCGUGCCAUUAUUACCUAUCUAAUUGAUAAAUAUGGAAGGAAUGAUUCGCUUUACCCCAAGGAUGCUAGGAAACGUGGUGUUGUGAAUCAACGACUCUACUUUGAUUUGGCAACGCUUUACCCGGCUCUCGCCGAUUAUUAUCACGUACAAUUCCGAAAGCAGCCUUUUAAUCCUGAGCUAUACAAGAAGGUGGAAGAGGCUCUAAAUUUUCUUGAAAGUUUCUUGGAUGGCAAACAGUAUCUAGCUGGUGAUUCUCUCACCGUUGCUGACAUUUCCAUCUUCUCCACUAUUGCUUCAUUCCAAGCAAUUGGUCUGGACAUUACCAAAUACAACAAUAUUGAGAAGUGGUACAAGAAUGGCAGUAAGGUGGCUCCCGGAUGGGAUGAAAUCGAAAACAGUGCAUCCGCUGUGAAGGCUAUACUAAAGGUUGUACAGCAGAGUUAAUUGUAACAUUCAAGAAAUAAAAAUGUC